UGUCAGAGAGGCAGUGAAGCCUGAUCCAGCUGCUGCAUACAGGCGCAGUGGAUGGGCUCAGAUGCCCGCUCUUCGACGGGGCUUGACUUCAGCUAGACAGUAGUUGUUUCCUUUUAGUAUUUUGCCUGUUUUUUUGUUAGUUACGUUCGCACUGAGAGAUUCGUAAGUGGUCGUACCAUAAUAACGCUGGUUAACGGGGUUUCGCAGUGAUUUAAAUGAGGCGACACACCUUUUUUUAUAGCGGGGUGGUGUAAGAUCUCUGCAUUCUGAUUUUGUGCAUCUGUUUACUUUUUACUACAUUUCAUGAUGAACACGGAUAUCAUUCGUUUGAGCUGCUGGGAUGCUUUACCGGGCGAGCUUAAGAUUUAGUUUGCAAAGCUGUGUGUGUGAAUGAGUUAGUAGCCCACUCAUCCAGCCAACUGUAACGUUAACCUUCAAGCUAACGUCAAUGACAGCUAGCAGUUAGCUGGUGGAUAGCGGGGUUUCUGAGUUUUUCAUCGCUCGUCAGCUGCGCGUUUGCUGAGGGAUGCGUGAACGCGAUGCAUUAAAUAACGAAAGGGACAAAUUGCAUGUCGAGAUCCGGCGGGGCGCUGCUGAUUCCGAACAGCUCGUGUCAAGACAUCGCCAUAGAGAGGGAUUUCAUUCAUCCGAGCCUGCUCGCUAAACAUGGCCUCUGCAGUCAGCAACCUUGCUGCGUCCAUCGCCAGCAAAACCAAAACCAAGAAGAAACAUUUCGUGUCUCAGAAGGUGAAGCUGUUUCGGGCCAGCGACCCGCUGCUCAGCGUCUUGAUGUGGGGAGUGAACCACUCGAUCAAUGAACUCAGUCACAUCCAGAUUCCUGUUAUGCUGAUGCCUGAUGACUUCAAAGCCAACUCAAAGAUCAAGGUGGACAACCACCUCUUCAACAAAGAGAACAUGCCAAGCCAUUUCAAGUUUAAGGAGUACUGUCCUCUAGUCUUCCGCAAUCUGAGGGAGCGGUUCUCCAUUGAUGAUCAGGAAUAUCAGAACUCUCUGACACGCAGGGCCCCAAUUCCCAGUGACGCUCAGGGCCGUAGUGGAGCUCGUUUCCACACAUCGCACAAUAAGAGGUAUGUCAUCAAGAUCAUCACCAGCGAGGACGUGGCCGAGAUGCACAACAUUUUGAAAAAGUACCACCAGUAUAUAGUCGAGUGCCAUGGAAACACGCUGCUCCCUCAGUUUCUGGGUAUGUAUCGCCUCACAGUGGAUGGAGAUGAGACCUACAUGAUAGUCACUCGCAAUGUCUUCAGUCACCGGCUGCCUGUUUAUAAAAAAUAUGACCUGAAGGGAUCCACAGUGGCAAGAGAGGCUAGCGACAAAGAAAAGCCACGUCCACCUGAGGAGGCUCCGUCCAAAUCACGCAUGAGCCAAAAGCUACAAACCAUCCGGAUUGCCACACGCUUUUACUGCGCCAUAAGACACACCAAGGAGCUUCCAACUUACAAAGACAAUGACUUCAUCAAUGACGGCCAGAAAAUCUACAUAGAUGAGGAGAACAAGAAAAUGUUCCUGGAGAAACUGAAGAACGACGUAGAGUUCCUGGCCCAGCUGAAGCUGAUGGACUACAGUCUGCUGGUGGGGAUCCAUGAUGUGGAGCGAGGGGAGCAGGAACAGCCCGAGGAGGAGAGUGAAGACAACGACGCUGGAGAGGAGGAGGGGACGGAGAGCGACGGAGGGGCCACCGGCUCCCCACCAGACAGCCCCAGUAACACACUAGACAGCAAUAGACCUCUGGGCCCGGGAGAGUUUGAUCCUGCCAUUGAUGUAUAUGCCAUCAAGAGCCAUGAAAAUGCUCCCAAAAAAGAAAUCUACUUCAUGGCGGUGAUUGACAUUCUCACUCCAUAUGAUGCCAAGAAGAAAGCAGCCCACGCAGCUAAGACAGUCAAACAUGGGGCAGGGGCUGAGAUCUCAACGGUCAACCCCGAGCAAUACUCAAAGCGGUUUUAUGAUUUCAUCACCACCAUUCUGUCCUAACUGCUGCCCGAGGCUGGAGUGAGGCGGAGUAACAGGUGGUCACAUAUGAGCUCAUAUCCUGGGAGAGGUUUUGCAGUGGGUAACAGAUCCAGUGUCUCUCUCCCACUUGUCACAGGAUCACGUCUGAGAUCUGUCAAGAUCUUCUUUUUUUUUGUUUGUUUACAAUUUGUUUACUUUUUUUCCUCUGUUGGAUUUUUCGGUAGGUUUAUGGCUCCAUGUGGUUGAUAAGGCAUACAUGUGAUAUAGUCAUGCAUAUAUAGCGUUCCGUACCUUUGUGUUAGAUAUUGUUGAUUGAGAAACCGAGUGAUGUUGUUUGUGCCCAGCUACGUGGUAUGAUUAUCAUACUGGAAUUCUCAAAGCUGCUUAUAUAUUUAUUGUCCUCAUGUUCUUUGCGGAGAAAAUUGCAUUGUUCUCAAAGGAAUAGUUCACCCCAAAAUUUGACUUUGCCGAAAAUGUA